AAGAGCGCGAGUUUUAUAUUUCAUUUUUGGGCCAUACGACAUCUAAAUAAUGAGUGAAACAAUUGUAUAAAAAUCCUAGAUUGCAAUGGCUGAUUGCUGUAAGGCUGAGCAGAAAACAGGAAAAGCGGUGAUCAGCUGUUUUGUCAAACACAAUAGAAGUAUUUAUGCUAUAGUAUGCAGGCACGUAACAAACACGGCAAGAGAUUCAUUCUUUGUAAAAGAAAUAAAAACUCCCUUUGCGAGAAAAAUGAGAAAGAACAUGAAAAAUGAACCAGACAAUUAUACGGAUAAUGACAUAGAUCUUAUUGAAAUAACAACCGAUCGAUGUAAUCCUGUAUUCCGAAACUUAAAAGGUGAAAUAAAAUGUGAACGCAUUUUUACGGGUCGUACUGUGGAGCUGUAUGGCAAAGCAGUAUUUCAGUGCUACAAGACAGAUACAGAAGGUACAUGUAACUCCAAAGCAGGGACAAUUUCGCCGCUUCCGAAAAUAAGUGAAAUCAUACAAGGAAGUUAUAGUAUGGAAACUCACUUCGUUGUAGGUGAGGACAAAUUUGCCGACGCAGGUGACAGUGGAAGAAUCGUCGCUUACGAGGCCAAUGAUGGCUAUCUAGAGCUAGUAGGGAUAAUAGUCCAUAAGUGUGAUAAACAAACGGUCUGUCUCCUUCUUGGGAACGGAAUAGAGUAUCUCAAACAACAGUAUGGAUUAGAACUCACACUGUACAAAUCUCAACACCACUCUUGUGAUGAUGAAGUUAAAGUCGAACCAGGACAAAUUAUGACGUUCAGAAUCUAAUUUCUGGCUUGUUAUUGACUUAUGAAUCGAGUCUGAAGAAAUAAAAAAACUUUGCACCGUCAUACAAAUAAGAUGCUAUUAUUCAAAUAACCACAAAUCCGUUCUAAGGUAAUGGCUAUAUUGGCACAUUUGCUAUUGAACAUGAAAGUUGCAGAGUUUUCCAAGGAACUCUGCAAGCUAUAGUAUAAAAAUCGAAGUAUUUUGAAAAAAACCUUAGUAUUGUUUGUUUGUUGUUUGUUGUUUCAUUAUUAUAUAAUCACAUUGUGCAUUUUUAUUUAGCUAUGUCAGCAAAUUGUGCAAUGCCCACACACUCAUUUUACAACAGUCAUAUACAGUCAUUGUAUUGUGAUCUCAGUUUAUUGUGAUCUCAGAUUAUUUAUUUUGUCUAUUUAUUAUUCUAUAUCUUCUAUUUAUAACGUAACUAAUAAAAUCAAAAUUAC